AUGGGCCUGGAAAAGGUCAAGCACGUUGUGCUGGUGCUCUCCGGCAAAGGAGGCGUGGGCAAGUCGUCGGUGACAACGCAGCUGGCCCUGUCUCUGACGCUCGCCGGCCAUUCGGUGGGAAUCCUCGACGUCGAUCUGACCGGCCCGUCCAUCCCGCGCAUGCUCUCGAUCGAAGCGUCCAAGGUCACGCAGGUGCCAGGAGGAUGGGCGCCGGUCACUGUCCACGAGGCCGAUCCGGAGAAUGGGCUGGGCAGCCUGCACGCCAUGAGCCUGGGGUUCCUGCUGCCCAAGCGAGGCGACGCCGUGGUCUGGAGAGGCCCGAAAAAGACGGCCAUGGUCCGACAGUUCCUCAAGGACGUGCUCUGGGACGAGACGGAUUACCUGCUCAUCGACACGCCGCCGGGGACCAGCGAUGAGCACAUUUCGCUGGCCGAGUCGCUACAAAAGGAUGCCCGGCCGGGGCAGGUGGCGGGCGCAGUGGUCGUGACGACGCCGCAGGCAGUAGCGACGGCGGACGUGCGCAAGGAGCUCAACUUUUGCGUCAAGACGGGCAUCCGCGUGUUGGGAGUGGUGGAGAACAUGAGCGGCUUCGUGUGCCCGCACUGCUCGGAGUGCACCGACAUCUUUGGGUCCGGGGGCGGACGGUCCAUGGCAGAGGAGUUCAAGGUGCCCUUUCUGGGCUCGGUACCGAUCGAUACACAGUUUAUUACGCUCGUGGAAGAGGGCAAGCGGCCGUUUUAUCCGGUGGGCACGGUGAUGAAUGGGCGGGACAUUUCAACGGUGCCGUCAGAGCAGCAAGGCAGAGAUGAUGGGACGCUUGUGGACAAGUACAAGGACUGUUCGCUGUUUCACGUAUUCGCCGGCAUCACCGCACAGGUUGGUGAAAAGGUUGCCAGGAUAGAGAAUACAUGAAUGUGGCGCCUAUAUCCGUUGGCCAGCCCCUGGUGAUGUGUGAGUGCAAUAUGCAGUGACGGAGCUGCAGCUCGCCGUGAGUCCUGUGAGACAUUGACAAAGUCUCCCCGGGGAGAGCGGGCUGCCGCAAUGUUUGCUGCCUGCCUACAUAUAGACUUUACGGGUGCUGCAAUAAGCCAUGGUAGCACCUCAUACAUGUAGUCAGCCCUAGAGAUGAUGCUCGUAGUUGCUAUGCCAGAUGUGACUUUGCCAACGGAGACUCGAAUCGCUACCUGGGUAUGCAAUGCUCGAUGAGAUGGCAUGACAUGCAGCAUUUCUAUCGUGAUAUAGCGUCAGCAUUCGACCUGCAGCAGCUGCCCCUUGCCUUGGCACUGCUGCGGAUAGUAAUACGAGCCGGUGAAUACAGUAGUACAAUGAGUAUUACACGUGUUUGUGCAGCUUAUCAACCCUUUCUUG